AUGGCGGCCGUAAUCCCAAUGUCGACGCAGCAGACGAACGACGCCGAGGUAGACACGCAGUUCAAGGACAUCCUCGGCCCCGCGGGCUGCACCACGUGCAAGUACGAGCGAGUACGGGAGCUCGGCUCCGGCUCCUUUGGAAAGGCCCUUCUCGUCCGCCGUGUCUCGGACGGCCAGCUGCUCGUGGCCAAGCGCAUGGAUCUGGCGGCGAUGUCGGAGAAGGAUAAGAAGUACGCCACGGCCGAAAUACAGUGCCUGGCCUCGUGCGAUCACUUCGCCGUCAUCAAGUACUACGAGGACUUCAUUAUGGAGCCGUACAUGCUGAUCAUUAUGGAGUUUGCCGAUGCGGGUGACCUGAACAUGCAGAUUAAACAGCGUGCGAAGGAUGGGUACGUGCACUUCGAGGAGCACGAGGUCGGCUACACCUUUGUGCAGCUGGCCAUGGCCGUCGAUCACGUCCACCGUCGCCGUAUGCUGCACCGCGACAUCAAAGGCGCGAACGUCAUGUUGAUGACGAACGGUGUGAUCAAACUUGGCGACUUCGGCUUCAGCCACCAGUACGAGAACACCGUGAGCAGCCCAGUGGCGGUCACCUUCUGUGGCACGCCCUAUUACCUCGCUCCGGAGCUGUGGAACCACCAAAAGUACAGCAAGAAGGCGGACGUGUGGGCGAUGGGAAUUCUCUUGUUUGAGAUGAUGGCGCUGCGCCGCCCGUUUGUGGGGCAAGGCAUGCGGGCACUGUCGGAGGCCGUCAUGACGAACAAGCGCGACUGCGAGCUACCGGCGCAAUACAGUAGUCAGCUGAAGGAGCUGUGCAAUAUAAUGCUGCAGGCCGACCCGAACCGCCGGCCGUCGUGCGCGCAGCUCUUCAAGCUGCCACACAUGGUGAAGCUGCUCUCUGAUUUCGAGACCAGCGUGGACAACUCUCAGCUGGUAAGCGAAACCCUCAAGAAGAAGAUCCACGAGAACGUGGCGGAGAUUCGGCAGACCAAUGCGAACGACCCAGAGGCGUUCACCUUUGUCGGUCACGUCGGCACCAUUUCCACGUCGGUCUUCUAUGAGGGGUAUGUCCGUAAGGAGAGCACGAAUACGUGGAAGGAGCGCUUCCUCGUCCUGCGCGACGGGGGCCUUGUCAUUAGUCGGCGCAAGGGCGAUAAGGAGACGAAGCCGCUGCCAGUCACCUUCAUCAACAGCGUGGUCUUUGUGCCGGAGCACACAGCGUGCUCCCCGGGCGUGUUUGCGAUUAAUUUAACGGACUCGAAGACGAUGUGGUUCCAGGCACUGCCACCAGAAAAGGCGGAGAUGUGGGUACACAAGAUUCAGCAGGCCAUCGGUGUCUCGUAG